CAGAUCUGCUGGCUGCUUUUGCAGAUUUCACCAAGACAGAGACACUGGACGAAUACACUUGCCAAAGGUGCUGUUGCAAGGUGAAGGCCACGAAGAGGAUGAGCCUUCACCAUCUCCCGAACGUCUUGGCCCUCUCCAUCAAGAGAUAUGACCUGUUUGGAAACAAGAUCAAUCGGAUCUGCGAUGGGAGAUGGUUCCGGAUGGACGACGACUUGGUGACGCCGGUCGACACCAGGGUGGUCAUGGAGAAACAGGCAUACAUCCUCUUCUACAUCAGGUCCCCAGAGAUGAAGGCCAUACCCGUGUGCAGUCAAAUCAACGGCGGCCAUGGGAAAUGGCAUCAAAAGAGGCGGCAGCGACAACCCCUGACCCCGGCGAUCAACCGUCAUCACUGAUGGAUGAUAUCACAAGGGACGUGGUCAAGUUGCUGCCACUGCCACCACCGCUGCCACCACUGCAAGGGCGAUGCACACCGGGUCCUGAUGAAUACCGCUGAUACAACACAGCCCAGCAGCGCCAGCACCACAUCCACAAAGAAGAUUAUUACCAUUGUAAAUGUGUACAUUUUAUUAUUUUGUGAAUACCAUACGUACUUUAAAAUAAAAAAAGUUUGAAUCAAUUUCUUGUUCUUGGGUAUGAUUCUGUAUGUAGUUCGUAAGGCCAUGUCCAGAUCUAAUAGCCAAGGGACAUCCAUACAGCAACGUGAACCUAUGAAAUGACUACUGCAUUAUUUCUGUGUUUAAUAAAGUAGUGAAUUUUGAUGGC